AUGCUUGAAAACAUCAAGGUUAAAAAUGGCACCUACAUAAUUUUGGAGUACGCGAAUCACGGCACUCUCGAGUCCCUGAUCAGGUACUUCAAGAAGAGUGGAUCGGCCAUCAAUAGCAGAUUGAUCUGGUCUGUUGCAGCCCAGGUUCUCGAUGGCCUCAGACACCUCCACUCCCUGAAUAUCAUCCACCGUGACAUCAAACCAGCCAACAUUCUGAUCAAUCAGAUCAGACACAACGGAUCAUCGUUUCUUGAAUUCAAAAUAGCCGACUUCUCCCUCUCCACGCAGAAGACGGCCGUUGAAGACCGAUCUGUCAUUGGUACGCCCUACUACAUGGCACCUGAAAUCGUAUCCAAACAGAAAUACGAUCAAAGAGUCGAUGUCUGGGCACUGGGCGUGAUAAUCUACGAAAUGCACCACAAUUUGAAGCCAUUUUCUGGUUCAACCAGAGACGUCCUCUACGACGAAAUCCUCAACAAGGACGUGACUGCCCAGAAAUCUAUCAAAAAUGAUUCACUCGGCUCCCUCAUUCGAAGGUGCCUGAGCCGAAAGCAGAGGCCGACGCCAAGGGAGCUGAUCAAAGGAAGCGAGAAGCUUCGCCUGACUCUCACGACCAUCGAACUCAGGCAGCGUGAAAUCCAAAUUGAGAAGCUCGAAACGAGACUGAAGAAGAGCAAGGUUGAUCAGAGAUGA